CCUUACCAACCCUUCACCAUGAAAGUCACCAUCAAAGAAUGGAACUCCGUCGCCACAUGGCAGUGGGAUAUUCCCGAAGACGACGUUUGCGGCAUCUGCCAGGCUCAGUUUGACGGGACGUGCCCUACCUGCAAAUAUCCUGGCGACGACUGCAGCCUAUUAUCUGGAAAAUGUGGGCAUAGUUUUCAUAUGCACUGCAUCAUGGAAUGGAUCAAGCAAGAAUCUUCAAAGGGACAAUGUCCCAUGUGUCGACAGCCUUUUGAAUGGCGAGACCAGGCUGAUGAGACGCCUGGACCUAAUGAGAUCCCCGUACAAGCAGAUUAAGACCAUAAAUAUCAAAGAGACAAGGCUACGGACACGGUGAAUGGAAAAAUGCCAGGAGACAAAAAUUCAUAGAAGAACUAAUAUUAACAAAUCGAACUCCUCAUUAUCAUCGGCCAUGUCGCGUGCUCAUAUAUACAUAAUCUAUCUAGAAUGCGUGCUACCCAGAAAGCUCCCCAACCAGCUCUGGUACUCUCUUGGUUAUAUACUCGUUGCGAGGAAACAACUGCCCCGAAUUCCCCUAAGCUUCCGGGACAUAGACCCCAUCCUUGCAGAGCACUACCACCUUUUUGAAGAAUCGCCGCCACUCUAGGGGAUCUCCCUUGAUCUUGACAAACCGAAUGUCUAGCACUUCGAAGCCAUCUGGGAGCGGCUGCUUAUCCA